AUGCUCGAUCGUAACACAUGUUGCUUCUUGAUAAUUUCCUUAUCUCCCUCACUCACCCCCGCAAUCGAAGCUCUCCACCGGAAGCAUCUAAUCUUCCUUUUGUCUCCCUGGAAGAGACAGAAAAACCAUUUCUCAGUUUCUACGAGUAUGUAUCCGACAUCGAAACUCGUUAAAUAUUUUCUCAUCGUUGUCAUUCAUAUUUUGGCUUUUUAUCUCGUACUUUUUUUUUUUAUAAAUUAUAAAAAUGGUGAUCAAACGGUGUUGCUUGAAAUAAAUGAUAAUUCAGAAACGCUGGAAUUUGACAGCUCGAUUUCUGAAAGUUUUUUCUAUUUUGAAGAACAAUCGAUCGUAGAAUUUGAGAACUUAGAGGUUGGAGGUCUUGUUACAACGGAGAAAUUGCAACAAAAGUUUCGAAGAGUUUUCGACAUUUGUGAUAAAUACAACUUGACAGAAAGCUUGAGAAAAAAACACUUUUUCUACAGUCCCAAACACGAAGCUCUCUACUGUUGGAUACGAAAAGUAGCUUCAACGAGUUUUACCAAAUUUUUUAGUGAAUUGAGAGGUCGAAAAGUAGUCCGAAAUUAUUAUAGGGAAAUCGAUUAUUUGGCACCAAAGAGUAUAGACGAAUUGAAAAGAAUUAUAAACAAUACGAGAGCGUUCAAGUUCUUGGUGGUUCGACAUCCUUUUCAGAGACUUGUUUCAUCGUACAGAGACAGAAUAGAGGAUAACUCACGUUUUACAGCACAAGCCUGGAUUUAUGUGCCUCGAAUAUUUCGUGUCACGAGACCAGAAUUGUUUCGUUCUAACGGAUCAGAAGGUAAUGGAUUGCAGCGUAUCUUCGAUUCUCACAAAAGAUUGAAAUUGGUACCAUCGUUCAAGGAAUUCAUAGUGUGGCUGUUGAAUCAGCCAUCGGAAAAGGAAGACGAUCAUUGGAGUCAAUAUCACAAGCAGUGUUCAAUCUGCAACGUGAAUUUCGAUUAUAUCCUUAAUUUGGAUAAUUAUACCAUAAAUGACGUGACUUAUAUAUUCAAAAGGCUUCAACUCGACGAGAAGCGUGCGUAUUUACCAAAAAUUCAGUCAAGUCGCGGAGGCAAAAGUGAUUUCGCUCGGACGUGCGAAUAUUUUAACGAGUUAUCACGAACUCUCGUGAUACGGUUGUACGAACGUUAUAAAAUAGACUUUGAAAUGUUUGGAUACAGGCACGAAGAUUAUGUGAAGUGUUGUGGAGAAGUAGAUUGUGGAAUUGUAAAAGAUAAAUAAAAAAAUUUUUAAAUUCUUAAA